AUGCAGAACAAUGAAGAAAAGGAUGUUGGCUGGACUGUGGUCUCUAACCGCAAAGGGAAGGCAAAAAGUGCGGUGAGAAAUGGCAGAACUUUCAACGAAAUGGCGAGAGGUAUUCGUAUUGCUAAUGAGGUUUCUAGUCCUAUCCCCAAAGUUUAUUUCAAGGAAGCCGGGCCAAGCAGGGUGGACAAAGGGAAGAAUUUGAUGUCUAAUCCAGGCCUUUCUCAGGAGGAAAAUAGUAUUUCUGCUGCUACUGCUUUCAAAAGCCCUAAGAAAAGAGCUAGAGAGCUCUUUGAAGAAGUCCAGGAAAAUUCAUAA